CUCAUUUCAAUUCUCUCAAGAAAUAUACACAGAUCAUACACAAUAUUGACUAAGGUACAAUAAUGUCUCAAGAAAUAUCAGGGGCCGAAGACCAAGCAGUGAAAGCCUAUGGAUGGGCCGCUAGAGAUUCCUCUGGUGUUCUUUCUCCCUUCCACUUCACCAGGAGAGGCAAUGGUGAUAAUGAUAUCAGCAUGAAGAUACUCUAUUGUGGAAUUUGCCACUCAGACCUUCACCUCGCUAAGGACGAAGUGGGAAUGACCAUAUAUCCCAUUGUUCCAGGACACGAGAUUGUAGGAGAAGUGACAAAGGUGGGGCGCAAUGUUACAAAAUUCAAAGUAGGAGACAUAGCCGGAGUUGGGUGCAUGGUGGGUUCAUGUCGCUCAUGCGACAACUGCACACAGGACCUGGAAAACUACUGCCCCAAAAUGGUGUGGACCUACAACAAACACCACGAAGACGGAUCAAGAACCUUCGGUGGAUACUCCGACAAGAUAGUAGUCGAUGAGCACUUUGUCGUUCAAAUCCCCAAAAACCUUCCAUUACAAGGUACUGCCCCAAUGCUGUGUGCUGGGAUCACAGUUUACAGCCCUAUGAGAUACUUUGGGCUGAUGGAGCCUGGUAAGCAUUUGGGUGUGGUGGGGCUUGGUGGCCUUGGCCAUAUGGCCGUGAAGUUUGCCAAAGCUGUUGGAGCAAAAGUUACUGUGAUAAGUACCUCCCCCAAUAAGAAGAAGGAAGCUGUGGAACAACUUGGUGUUGAUGAAUUUCUGAUUAGUCACGACCAAGAGCAAUUGCAGGCUGCCAUGGGUACAAUGGAUGGUAUCAUCGAUACUGUUUCAGCCGCUCACCCUCUCUUGCAUUUGGUUGGCCUGUUGAAGACCAAUGGAAAACUAAUUCUGGUGGGUGCUCCAAUCCAGCCUCCUGAGUUACCAGUUUUCCCUUUAAUCUUGGGGAGGAAGCUUGUUGCUGGCAGUGCAAUUGGGGGAAUGAAAGAGACCCAAGAGAUGAUAGACUUUGCAGCAAAGCAUAAUAUCACAGCAGAUGUUGAAGUUAUUCCAAUGGAUUAUGUGAACACUGCCCUUGAACGAGUUGCCAAGGCUGAUGUUAAGUAUCGCUUUGUCAUUGAUGUGGCAAACACCAUAAAAUCUCCAUAUUCUACAGCCACAACUAGUUUUCCUAAUUCUGAACCAAUUGAGAUGAUAAAUUUCAAUUGUGGAAUUUGCCACUCAGACCUUCACCUCGCUAAGGACGAAGUGGGAAUGACCAUAUAUCCCAUUGUUCCAGGACACGAGAUUGUAGGAGAAGUGACAAAGGUGGGGCGCAAUGUUACAAAAUUCAAAGUAGGAGACAUAGCCGGAGUUGGGUGCAUGGUGGGUUCAUGUCGCUCAUGCGACAACUGCACACAGGACCUGGAAAACUACUGCCCCAAAAUGGUGUGGACCUACAACAAACACCACGAAGACGGAUCAAGAACCUUCGGUGGAUACUCCGACAAGAUAGUAGUCGAUGAGCACUUUGUCGUUCAAAUCCCCAAAAACCUUCCAUUACAAGGUACUGCCCCAAUGCUGUGUGCUGGGAUCACAGUUUACAGCCCUAUGAGAUACUUUGGGCUGAUGGAGCCUGGUAAGCAUUUGGGUGUGGUGGGGCUUGGUGGCCUUGGCCAUAUGGCCGUGAAGUUUGCCAAAGCUGUUGGAGCAAAAGUUACUGUGAUAAGUACCUCCCCCAAUAAGAAGAAGGAAGCUGUGGAACAACUUGGUGUUGAUGAAUUUCUGAUUAGUCACGACCAAGAGCAAUUGCAGGCUGCCAUGGGUACAAUGGAUGGUAUCAUCGAUACUGUUUCAGCCGCUCACCCUCUCUUGCAUUUGGUUGGCCUGUUGAAGACCAAUGGAAAACUAAUUCUGGUGGGUGCUCCAAUCCAGCCUCCUGAGUUACCAGUUUUCCCUUUAAUCUUGGGGAGGAAGCUUGUUGCUGGCAGUGCAAUUGGGGGAAUGAAAGAGACCCAAGAGAUGAUAGACUUUGCAGCAAAGCACAAUAUCACAGCAGAUGUUGAAGUUAUUCCAAUGGAUUAUGUGAACACUGCCCUUGAACGAGUUGCCAAGGCUGAUUUUAAGUAUCGCUUUGUCAUUGAUGUGGCAAACACCAUAAAAUCUCCAUAUUAAUAUGGAAAUAACUUCCUAGCCAACAUGCCUUGUUUGGCAAUAAGAUGAAUUGCUAAGGAUCAUCGUCUCGUCGCGCAUGGGAUGAUUGGCCUUAUUAAUUCCAUAUAGACGAAGAAUAUAUUUUAAGAUGCGCAAGGUGUGCUUAAUUUUUUGUCGUGUGUAUCUUAUCCUUGAAAUAAAGUCGAUGUUUAUGUAAUUUUUGGCUAUUAAUUUCUAGGCAAACUUUGUUACUCAUUCUUUGA